CGAGCGAAAGGAACUCACGCGCAGGAGGAAAUGGCGCCAAGCUCGCGCGCGCCAAUCUCCCGCCUUCUUCUCCCUGCCUAUAUUUCCCCACCCCGCGCGCCCCAAUCCUCCUCCUCCUCCCCUCACUCCCCAUCCAACCCUACCCUAGCUGCUCGGCCCAGCCACCGCCGCCAAGCCCCCGCGCCGCCAGAUCUGCCUCCUACCCGCAUGGCCUCCGACGCCUCCGUCCCCGUCCCCGCCGCCGCGCAGCCCGUGCCCAAGCGCCGCGGCAACUACAACUGCGGCCGGUGCGGGCUCCCCAAGAAGGGCCACGUCUGCCCCGUCCCCGGCCCCGCCGCCUCCGCGAACGCCGGCAAGGCGGGGGAACCGCCGCAGCCGCAGAACAAGCCGCGGCGCGCGCUGCAGUUCGACCCGGUGGCGGCGGCGGCGGAGGCGGUGGUGGACGCCGUGCCGCUGGCGGUGGCGCCGCCGCCGCCGGUGCCGGGGAGGAAGAGGGCGAGGGUGGAGGUGGUGGACGUGGAGGAGGAGGGGAAGGGGGAGGAGGCGGAUGAGGAGGAGGGCCUGGGGUGGGUCGAGCUGGGCGACGGGCGGCGCGCUCCCGGGGAGGUGCUGGUGGAGGUGCUGCGGCGGCUGGCGCCCCGCGGCGUGGCGGCGGCGGCGGGCGUCAGCCGCGGCUGGCGCGAGUGCGCGCGCCGCGUCUGGCGCGGGGCCGAGGAGGUCCGCCUCGGCGCCGCCGGGGUCGGCCCCGUCGGCGCGCUCACGGCGCGCUGCCCCGCGCUCGCCAGGCUCGUGCUCCGCAUGGACAGUGAUGUUGAUGCCACAAUGCUUGCAUGUAUUGCAUUUUCCUGUCCUAAUUUACAGUCCCUGGAUAUCAGCAUGGCUAAUAGUGCAGUCAACAGGAUAACAGGGGAUGAGCUAUCUAGGUUUGUUUCAGAGAAGCGAGUUCUCUCAGUUCUUAAAUUAGGUGGCUGUAGCGGCCUUGGUUUCCUGAAUAUUAGCUCAUCUAGCCUUUCAACCCUUUGGCUAUCAGGUCUUUGUUCCCUUACCAAAACGGUCAUGAACUGCCCUAAUUUGAAUGAGCUCUCACUGGACUUUCCCAAACAAAAUAAUGAUUCUACUGAUCUGGUUGCUCUAAUGGAUAGUCUGGGCCGUACCUGCCCAAACUUGAGAAACAUGCACAUCUCAUCAAUUCGCUUAUGCAAUGAAGCUGUGUUUGCUCUAGAAAGUGCUAACCUCAGGGGCCUAUGCAUGCUAUCUCUGGUUCUGGGUUCAAAAAUAACAGAUGCAGCUAUUGCAUCUAUUGUUCGUUCUUAUGCAAGCUUGGAGCUGCUUGAUUUAAGUGGGUCUAGCAUUACUGAUAAUGGGCUUGGGAUGAUCUGCAAUGCAUUCCCUGACACCCUAACCCGUCUCCUCAUGGCUUUGUGCCCUAACAUCACUUCAUCUGGGAUCCAGGUGGCUGCAGCACAAUUGCCACUCCUUCGACUCAUGGACUGUGGCAAGAGCAUAUGCGCUAACCCAAAGCCUGAAGCUGGGAGAUCGUAUUUUGGUGAUCUCAAUGGGGGGAUCAAAUUCUGCUCUAAAUUGCCGAUCCAGAAAAAGCAGCAGCCUACUUACCAGAAACUGAUCAUAAAGCACAGCUCUCUGAAGAAACUCAGCCUGUGGGGCUGUUCAGCAAUUGAGGCCCUGUAUGUGAAUUGCCCAGAACUGGUUGAUCUGAACCUCAACUCCUGCACGAAUCUUCAUCCAGAACGGCUGCUGAUCCAGUGCCCGAAGCUGAAAGACGUGCAUGUCAACGGUUGCCGCGACAUGCUGAUCGGCGCGAUCAGGAACCAGGUCCUGAACGAGUUUGCGGCCGUAGAGCCCCGGCUGCCCUGCAAGCGGCUGGCGGAUGGCUCCAAGCGCGUUCUCGUCCCCCACUUCAUGGUAGAACAGCUAGAGGAGCAGGAAAAAUGGGGAAGGCCAGGGAAGGCCCAGUGCACCGUUCACCUCACCUAGGCUGCUCGGCCGCACCCGAAGCGAGGCCUUGGCAGCUGGCAUUAUCGUCGCCACCGCCGUUAAGAAGCAGCGUAGAUCAAGCCUCCCUAGACUCUGUAUGUUCAAUCUAGUGUGUAGUUGUAGUACUAUUAUGAUUCAUGCUGUAGAAUUUUCUCGCGUGGUAAACCUGUGGAGUCUGUAGAACAACAACUGUGUGCAAGCAGGCCCUGCUGUAGUCUCAAACCAUUGAUUGUUCAUCCAGGACAAUAGUUGCUAUGCUUUCCAUCACCAGAUUGUUUUGUUU